AGUAAUAAAAUAAAUAAAAUUAUAUUUCAUGUAUUACAGCUGUGUACGAUACUGGACUUGGACCCCGGCCACGAGACGCCGUACGCACCCGUCGCCCAACUCAUCUCCGAGCGGUGUUACCGUAUAAUCCUAGUUUAUUCGCCGGCGUUUCUCAGCAGUCGUGCCAACUCAUUCUACACAGACUACGCACAAGCUGUUGGCAUUGAAUCUAAACAACGCAACAUAAUCCCAAUAAUCUACCGGCCGUGUCGGCUGCCCGUUAACCUCACAUACUACCACAAGCUGAUUUACCAGCCCGACAAGUGGGCGCCGUACGACUUCUGGGAGAAACUCAGCGAGUCGCUGCGACAAGUGCAAAUACCUAGAGCAAACGGCAUGUGCUCUUCAACGUCGACUCUCGACAUAACGGAAAUGUCGAACACCAUGACCGAAUUCAUGACCAGCUCGCAGCUGAGCGUGAGCACCAGCGACAUGGACACCAACCAUAUCGUCAUCACGCACCCUGAUGAUAGCACCUCCAUCAGCGACUUCAGCAGCGGCGGCAGAGACAAGAAGAAGAAUGGAGUGUUCCGUAAAGUUCGCAAAUUCUUCCGGGGCCCGAAGGACCCAUAGACUUUAUAUUUGCAUUGACUCAUGUAAUCUUCGCUUGUUAACUCUUAUUUGUAUUGAGAAUUAUUUCUUUUUAAUAUGAUGAAGUCUGUGGUGCAGUACAUGUAUAUAGACAGUUGUUGUCACAUUUUUUUUAUGUAAGCGAAAUAGCAAACAAUGUGUUCGACCUGAUGAUAAGCAAUUAAAAAGGAUGGUAAUCCUGA